AUGGACGGCGUUUAUGAUGUUCACUCAAGUACGAACCCAGUUCAGAGAUCUUUAUCCCUAGAGCGCAAGCAUCCGAAUAAGAUUUCAACUACCUCAUCUCGGCAUGAGAAAACUCCCAAGACAGAUCAAACCUUCAGUGACUCACGAUACGAAGGACCUCCCAUGAAAAUCACGAAUGAGAAAACGGAUGAUGAUGAAAUGUUGCACUACAAAAUUAAAGGAAUUUAUGAGAUUGAUCACGAAGCUUCAAAAAAUAUGCUUGUGAGAGUCUACUCAGAGAAUGAACAAUCAAAUUUCAACGCAGUGACGGGUAGGAGGAUGUAUGACGAUUUGAAAUAUCGACCUAUACACCAUGAAGGUACGCGCGUAGAAAACCAGUCGAAACCGAUAGAGAUGUUGAAUAACCCCAAAAGGCGUCAUUCUACCUCAGUAGGAGAGGAUGUGUCGCUUCUUUCGAACCGACUAACUGGCUACAAUGCUAUGAAUCCAACAAAUGAUAUGCAGGAUGAGUACAUCCCAGAUUUUGACUUUUCCGAUACCGUUGCUAAGUGGCAGCACGAGGACACACUAAAUGAUGGUAGCCUGACUAAUAAUCCUCGCCAGAACUCCGUGGGACUCAACUGUUAUAACAACUGGACAGAUUAUGAGGCAGAUUAUAGCCACUCUUCAUCUGUUUCUUCGUCUUCUCUGUUAAUGAAAUCUACGCAUGCCCAGGUUGCACCGAUACCGUUACCGAAUGCAAGGCCGCCUCUUUCUUCACCUCGAGGACCAGCUCAUGAUGAAUCAAAUCAGCUUCCAUUCAUUAAAGUACGUCCGUCCGGCUCGUCCUACAAUAGGGUGAAGGCUCUACCAUCUCUGAAUACUUCUGUAACUGAGGGUUCGUUGAGAUUCAAGAGGCAGAAAUCAACACAAGAAUUUGAGUCGCCGUCAUCUCCAUGGAGCACUACAACUGGUAGCUUAACAUCUUUGGUUGACGCUAGAGUUUUAAAUGAAGAUUUACAAUAUAUCACAAAGAAGCUUCCGGAUGAUUUCAUGUCUCUCCCUUAUUCUCAAAGAAAAAAAAUCAUAUUGGAUUUGUUGCCCGGCAAAGAUCACAAGUCGAUCAUGUCGUUGCUGAAGAAACAAUUUCUUGUCUCUUCUAAAAGCAGCACACAACUCAAAAGGAGUAGGUCACGACAGGGAUCAUUGGCAUCUCAGUUUUUAAGCUCAUUUACUCCAUCCUCAUCUUCUUUCAAACCUAAUGACAAGGGUAAUGUAGUUAUGGGCUACAAACUUGGCAAUAUUAUCGGAUUUGGGGCUUGGGGAAUGAUUAGAGAAUGCUAUCAAGCAACCACUGAAACUUCUCAAUUAACUGACUAUGAUUCUCCUCAGAGGGCGCCUUGCAAAGAUGAUCGCGAAUCCUUCGCUAUCAAGGCUAUCAAAGUCGUAAGGUUCAGAAAUAAUGAAAUCGUUAAGAAACAUGUUCUGAAGGAAGUGCAGAUAUGGAGUAAGCUAAAGCAUCCUCAUAUUCUUCCUUUGAUUAAUUGGAAAUUAGAAGAUGAUUAUGCGAUAUAUUGUCUCACAGAACGUAUACAUGGUGGGACGCUGUACGAUUUGGUAACUUCCUGGGGCGAGUCAUCUUGCUCCUCAAUAUCAUUACAAGAAAGGUGCCGGUUAACAGCUGAAAUUGCAUGUCAAAUUGUAUCCGCUCUCAAGUAUAUGCAUUCGAAUUGUGUUGUCCACGGUGAUAUAAAACUCGAGAACUGCCUUUUAGAAGAAAGCACCGAUUGUUCAAUUUGCAAGUGGCAAGUUCUACUAUGUGAUUUUGGAAUGAGUUCACAUUUUGGGCAUUCUGAUCCAUCCAGUGAAGGACAAUUAUGUUUGGAGAAUGAUGAAAAUGUCAUGUUCAACUCUCCAGUAGAUGGCAAAGUCUUAUCUAUGCGAAGAAGACCUUCUAUACCCAAAUCGGCCUCACAAGUUUCUUUGAGGCCAAUGACGAAAUUACAGAAAAUUAUGAAGAACAAGAAGCUGACGCACGAUGACACACCGCUCGGUGUAAGUGCAUUUCCGAAGCAUUACGGCCCUGCUGUAACAAGUGCGCACAUAUCUGAGCGUUUCCGGUCCUGCUUGAGUUCCUCGACUAGUGUCGUGAAUUUGAAACGAUCGCAGACAACGUCUUCCACGAUUGUCGAUAGCCAAAGCUCACAAACCACUACUCACGUGGAAUUUGCCCAAAACGAAAGCGGACCCAAUCCACAUUCUCACAUAGGUUCUCUUCCUUAUGCGGCACCCGAAUUGCUGGAACCUGCUCCUCCACCUUUGGGUCCUGCUGCCGACAUCUGGGCGUUUGGUGUUACUCUUUACACUAUGUUAACUGGUAAAUUACCGUUUAAGCAUGAUUACGAGCCACGGCUCCGGGCGAUAAUUACCUCUGGUAAGUAUGAUAUUGAUUUACUGGCCGAGGUUUGCAAUCACGAUACUAAUUGUGAAGUGGAAUAUGAUAAAUUUCACUCUGAGCUUCUUUCUGAUGUUAUCAAGGGUUGCCUACAAAAAGAUUUGACGCGGAGAUGGGAGUUACAGCAAAUCGAAAACGCAUUAAUAAAAUUCUCUUAUUGCAUAACGAGACAAAAAUCGGAAUAA